AUGGCAGGCAAUGUCCAUCAGUCUACCGAAAGCAGCAUUCCAGCAGCGGAGGACCAUCAUUAUGUCGCGUCGUCAUCGUCAACACCUUCAUCGUCGUGGACAGUGGUGGCGUCAACAGUGGGCAGGGCAGCUGUCGGCCGAUUUUGGCGGACCUGCAUCAACAGACACGGGUCAGGAUCGGGUCCGGUCUCGAUCAACGGUAAUAAUAACUACUGGUUGCCAGUGGUGAGGAUGACGAGUGCCAGUGGUGGUGGUCCGAUGACCGGGGACGGGGAUUAUUGGAUCUUCGUGCUCAAGCUCUUCUACGGGCCGGAGUUGGAGGACACCUGGGAGUGCGUGUUCAGUGUGCCUCGUGUUACCUUGGCUUUCGCAGUAGAGUACAUCAUCACAGGGUUCGAAAUUGCCGAAGAAGGAGGGGGUUUUGAGCCAAUAUCGGUCGCACUGCUCUCUAGACUUGUCGUAAGAGUAUCGCGAGAGUCUGAUGUUAUUUUGCUGGGGUUAGGUGUCACUCCUGCGUCAUCGAGAGCAACAGGAGUAUUUUUCCUCCUCGGCCUCGGAGGUUACCUGAGUCUGAAGGUGUUCAGAUGGAUCUCAGCUUCCAAAAAUAGUUUGGAAAGUCCCCGCCAGUGUCGCUCACCAAUCAGCUGUUCGUCGUGGGGAAGUACGACUGGGGACCGUCUUCCAUCUGGACCCCUGGAUCUGGAAAGUGUCUUCCUGCACCAGCACCACUCAUACCAACCCCUGCUGAAUCCCAGGGUGCUGCCAGAGAGGAACACAUCAGGCAGGAGGUGUCAUGUCAGCCCCAGAAAGACCAAUGCCAAAAGGAAGGACAGGGCCAGACAACUGGCUGCACAAUCCUCCUCUGCCAAGACUUCUCCCAGACACAUGAGGAAGUUUGGCUUUGGUGACCCCUGUGUCCCUGCUGCUGCUGCUGCUGCUGCCAACUACUAUUCAGGCUGUUCAUCAUCAGAUGCCCAGCAAGAACUGUCCUUUUUUGCAAUGGGAGCUGUGGCCAGAGGGAAAAAGUCCAUGUGUCACCAGGGCUCUGCUGCAUGGGACACUGACUCCUACGCUGCUGACCUGUCUGACACCAACCAUGGAAAGACAUCCAGGUCAUCCUCUUGCAGUGGGCGCAGCUUUACUGGGCCUCAUCCCAAGCAUGGCAUGAAACUUUACAGAGUCACAAGCAGAAGCCAGAGCAGAGAAUGGGCCCAAAUGACAGACCUGGAUUCCUCUUGGAGCAGUGCUGAAUCCACUGAAGAUUUCAGUUCCCCUGAAUCCAAGGGCUGUUUCCUGGGAUCCCUGGACCCAGUGUAUGACUCCAGAUCCCGACACUUGAUGAUGAAGAGACCCAUCCUCAAGUUUGAGGAGAAACACAGGUUGUUGUGCAAAUGGCACCAACUGCCUGUCUGUGCCAUUUGCGGUGUUGACUCAUCCAGCACGACGUGUUCACCAGACCCCUGACACUCACAGAAACCCACAGCAGCAGCAGCAACAGCACUCAUCACCGUCGGGCCAAGGAAAGGUCUCCUCCAGAUGGCGCCACCGACAACGACGAGCUGCCAGAACUGGAAAUGGACGACAUCUUCUCAACCUCCACCACCACCUGCUCGACCGCCGAAGCAGACUUUGAAUUCCCUCAUCAUCACGAGUCAUCAUCAUUUCAGCAGCAGCAGUUGGACUACCUCAAGAAAAUCAGGUCCCUCGUCUACCACAACAACAACUCUUCAUCAAUAACGACGACGAAAACGAGCGGGGAGAAGCCCUGUGCUGGUGGUGACGGGUUCCUCGAUUCCGACGACGCGUCGUCUACAUCAGGAGCCUGUCGUCGUGAUUGCCAAGGAGGAGGAGGAGGAAUGAAACGGCAGACGAUGAGCAAGGUGAAUUCCUGCGAGAGUUUCCUGAGCCUCAACAGCGACGCCUGCAGCAGUUUGGACAGUUGCGACCUCGAGUACAACCUCGGCGACGACACCGAGUGCUUCCUGGACACCCUGGAAACGGAGCUGCACAACUUGAAGCAGUCCUGCUUCGACAUGGACUCCAACAUCGUGAACCUGCGCGUGGCCAGCCAGGCCGUGGCCAUCCCGACUGCUGCCCUCACGCCGGAAGAAUGCCGGGCCCUGGCCCUGGAACUCGGCCUGAGUGACAAUGAAGAUGAAAGAGAAGAAGAAGAAGAAGAAGAGGAGGGAGGAAUUGCCGGCAGCAGCAUCAGCAGGGCCCAGUCCUUGUGCAGCAGCAGCAGCUACAGUAGGCCACAGAGCCACAUGAGCCUCGAGUGGGACUACCCAGGGGGGCUGGAGGAUGAUGGGGUUGCAUCAUCAUCAUCGCCUGUUUCCCAGCUGAUGAGUGCUGCUGCUGCUCCUGGUGGUCAUCAUCAAAAGCAUCAUAAUGCUGGCCGUGGACAAGAUGAUGAUGAUGCUCCACCGUCUUCCUUACUAUUGUUGUCUUCUCUUGAUGUUUAUGAUGCUGCUGCUGCUACUACUACUACUACUACUAAGCAGCAGCAGGAGCAGAGCUUGUUGCAAAAUCACACAGGGCUGUCCAAGGAAAUAGAAGAAGGAAAGGAAGAGCAGAGGCUGAAAAUGCGCAGCAGGAGUCGAAGCUGUCCUAAUGUGGUGCCAAUAUGAAUUGUAGACUUUUGAAUGACCGAACUGCUGGUGCUGUUGUUGACCUCUUUGUUUUUUUUUUUUUGAACCAGCUUUCCAAGGAAAAGUAGUGUGCAAUUUUCAGAUAUGGUGGUUGCUGGGAUUGGUUGGUUAUGGCUUUUUUUUUUCUUUGACAUAGGAGGAGAUUUUGUGGACAAAUAUAAAAAAACCUGGCCAUGGGCUGUGUUGAAAAUUUAUAA